GUUGAUUUGCAGAACCGGAAGUUAGGACGACGAAAACAUCACUUCGAAGAAAACGAUUCUACAACAGAUGGAUUCAACGGCAUAAUGCAUUUUGCUAUUUUAAGUUGACAAAGUAAUAGCUGAUGGCCAUGCCUAUUCAAGCAACUUGAGUGACCAGGAAGAAAAAGCUAAAUCAGGGCUAGGAAGCAACACAAGCAGUCCAUUAAAAACUUUCAAAGAUUCAUCAAGAAAAGUAAUAGUCAGCAAAAAUACAUCUGUAGCUCUUAAUUGUCAGACUGAUCCUAUUGAAAAGUAUUCUGCAAUAGAAAAUAAUUCAGAAAAUCAUGAAGUAGCUGGUCACAGAUCUGACCUUGAAAGUGAAAUGGAAGUUGACAAUAAUACAGAAAGGCUAAAUGGAGGUGGAAAGGAUGAAGUUGAUGGGAUUGUAGACUCUGAGCAAGCAUGUGACAGUGGUGACAUGCUUAAAAAGGUUCAUGAUCAGUUGAAUGAUUUAAAUAGUUGUAAAGGUGUAAAUGAUGCUUCAAAGACAUGUGAUAGUUCAGAUGGACAGAAACAAUUAGGUUUAAAAAAUGGUGUUGACAUAUCACUGAAAGAGAACACUGUUGCUGGCUCAUUGAAUGAGCAGGAUAAAUCAAAAAGGCCUUCUAUCGUUGAUGAACAUGGGGAAAUAAAGAGUGGCUGUAACAACAAUGUAGAAAACCUUAGUGAAAACUCUGACAGUGCUAAUGGGAUAUCUGUGGACCAUGUUAAAGAUGAUAGAAAGAAUAAUAUUGAGAGCAAGAAUAAUGAUGAUCAGCAUAAAAAACAUGAUGGUUACAUGGCAAAUCAUGAUCAUGUUAAUCCUGACAAAAGCAUUGUAUCAGAAGAUACAGAUGAAGAAAAGAGAGGAGCUGAUGACACUAUGGAAUCUACCCUAGAUGAAACAUAUGAGGAAAUGUCAGAUGAGGCCUCUGUUAGCACAGAUAAUGUAGAUGAUAAAUCCCUUUCUGUCAGUACUGGAGAGAAGGAUGGGCAUGUAAUCAUGUCAAUUCAUAAGAAAAAGGCGAAAAAUAAGAGAAAGAGGAAAUCGGACAUGUGGUCAAAACCCAACCCGUUCAUAUCCAAGAGGUUAAGAUCCCGCACAUCAACAGGAGAAGGGGAGGGGGGUGAGAAUAAAAUGGGCCAGGAUGGAGACCCAGUGAAUACAGAGCCAGGGACAGACCAAAAUGAGACUAGCACACCUGAUGAGAAGCGACGUCGCAGUGCAGUCCAGAGCAGGGAUUUUGUUGUUGGAGAUGACAGCAUUAUAGACGAGAUGUUGGCAGCAGAGGACAGCAAGAAGUUUGGGUCUGCCACAAGGAAGAAGUUUCAGCCUAUUCCGAAGACGUUAUCUGAUGCCGAAAUGGAGAAAUUCAGGGAGCCAUUUAAACACGGCUGGCGACGGGAGAUUGUCAUGAGAGGAUCAAUCAAUGAACAGUCUCCAAAAACAAUGGCUGAUACCUAUUAUUUUCCUCCAACCGGGAAUAAAAUUCGUUCUAUGGUGCAAGUUGCUGAUUGGUUGAGUUCCCAUGACACGCCACUGACAGUGGACAACUUCACGUUCAUGAGGCGGGCCAUUGGAGUGGGGGAGGGGGAAACCGUGAGAAACGCCAACAGGACUGCUGGUCGAAUCAAUCCCACAAGUUCCAAGUCUUCAAACAAAUCCUCCCCAAGCUUCAAACUGGUAAAAAGACCCAGUAGGGCACCACCGAAACACUACGAAGAGCUUAUCCAUGAUGAUAAUGAUGGCCAGUAUGACACCCCAGAGAUUGUGAUAGAGCGAGACUCGGUGGAUUUUGUGUCGCAGAUCAUGAGUGGGAUAGCUGAUGAGGAGAAGAAUGAGACUGAGGAGAUGGAGGGGAUAGAGACAACAGAGAUGGUCUACCCAUCAAAGGAGGCAGUAAUUGUGUCGCCAUCGCAGAAGAAGUUCAAAUCCACAGCCAGGAAAAGCACAACACAAAAGCACUUCAAGAAAGUGCCUAUUCCUUACACUGGAGUGGAAAACCUGUGUUCCAUGGGUUGUCCGGGGAUGGAGGGUAUCCCACCUAUGCUUCACUGUAACGUAUGCAUGUGCCUCUUCCAUAACGAGUGUGUCAAUUACUUUGGGGAGAGCAGUGACUUUAUCUGCCUGAGGUGUAAGGAUGAACCCCCUGGCCUCAUGGGCCCCUCCUCUGUUAGCUCCCAGCAGGGAAAGACAGUGAUGUUGAAGGUCUCCAAUCCCCACCAGAUGUCGCCCUACUCUAACUCCAAAAUCAUCUCUGUACGUCGUGUGGCCACAGUCGGUCACAGCCCGGGCCCUUCUGGAAGUAAAAGUCCAGGCUUUCAAGUGACGAAGUUGGUGUCCAUGGCUAGCAAUGGAUCACCUUUUGUAAUUAAUGCCAAUGGUACUAUUGGCAAUGUGAAUCCAGCACUGCCAGUGUUUACGAAGAUAAUCAAUGCUUCAACGAGACCUUCAUCACCGGCCACUGCUACCCGACCAAUUAUGUCUACUACUAAAAUUGUGACAUCUAGCUCUGCUGGGUCCAAUAUGCAAAAUAAACUGUCAGAAAUCCAACCAAUCAUAAAGCAGGAGCCCCCUGAUGACUCAACAGACAAUACCAACAAAUCCUGUCAGGCAAGCAAUAAGGCAUUGUCAUCCCUCAAAGCGGCAUUAAACACUAAACGUUUGGAUGCCCUCCCACAAAAAACACCUCAAAACAUACCAUUUUCUAUACAAAAUGAAAGGAUUCAAAUGCCUAAAGUCACAACAGUGUUUCCUCCAUUAGGCGUACAAAUAAUGAAUCAGGCCAUUCAAGCUGGUCGGUCAGUUGUGAACACUACUCCAAAUAUGUUGAAUAUUAUGCCAAUGAACCAGACCAUGAGAGCAGUGGCACCUAGAAUGGUGUUGCCACGGUUACCCCAGGUUGUAACUGUCCCACCUCCUCCCAGGACAAUGAUGAUGACCAACCAUGGGGUGGUGUUGUCCCCACAACUGGUGUCUCCUCAACUAGUGUCGCCUCAAUUGACCCCAGAUGCAUCCAACUCUGGGCCUGUAGUUAUCAAUGCAAAACAAGUCAGUGCUCCAAUGAAUGGCCAACUGUUGACUUUACCUCAAGCAGUUUCGAAGAGAUUAACACUGAACAAGGCUUUGGCAUUAAAAAUCAACAACGUUAAAAUAACAGUGCCUCCCUCAGGGUUUUUUCAGUCUAGUGAAGGAUUGAAAGUGUUCUUGCCUCCUAACACAUUCCCCACUGUGGAUGAAACAGACUUGAACGUUAGUGUCUCUAAUGAAGUGAAGUCUGGGGAAGACAGUGCUCAAACCUCCUCAGAUAAACCAGAAUCUCGGGCUGUAAGCUCUUCCAAGAAAAAAGACAUUAGGGAGUUGAAGUUGUACAAGAAGUGUUGUCUGCUGCAAUCCCUGUACGGAGGAUUUAACGCCAUGGAGCACAUCUUCAAACAGCUCAGCCUAAUUGAUCUCUUAAAAGUGGGCAAAGUGUGCCGAACAUGGAGAAAGAUCUCAAUGCUGCCUUCUCUAUGGUCCCAUGUAGAUUUCAAGGACUGUAUGGUGGCAGACUGGCAGGCGGCUCUCCAGUUCAUCAGCAGUAGGCAUGUCCGAUCCAUUAGCCUGAAGGGCAUUGUACACCAUGAGGAUGCAAACCGUACCUGGCAACAGCUGUUGUCGGGUCUACAGGGGCUGGAUGAGCUGCGGCGGGUCACAUUUGGGCUCAUUCCCUCAGCCCUCCUUCAGUCCAUGUGCUCCCGUCUCGGUCGUCUCCAGGCCCUAACUGCAGAUGAGGUCGUAGAGGCCAACGACCAGGCUUCAAUGUAUGUUCCCACAAAGCUGGAUGUGUCCAAGUUCUCGAGCAUGAUGGGGCUGGAGGAGCUACGCGUGCGGGGGAAAGGAGGGAUCAUUCUGCCUUCCUUCAGCUUCAGUGGCGGACUCUCUGAUCUCGGCAUACUCAGGAAACUCACUGUCUUGCACCUAACAUCACUGAAGAAUGUGAAAGGAUCAGAGUUCUCUUUCAUCUCUCUGCUGUCCGAGCUCACCGACCUCGCACUAGGCGACUGCAAAGAUUGGACACAAGAGACGUAUGGGCACCUUCAGAAGUUGACAGGUCUGCACAGAUUGAGAUUAGAACACGGGGGAGCAAUCCCUGAUCUGGGCCUUGGCAUGGCUCUCUCACACAUGAACAGGUUGGAGUGGCUAGAGUUGAUUAACUACACACUGGCCUACACGUUUGGGAACCACGUCAGUGAUCUCACUAGUCUCAAGCACCUCUACAUUCUCCCUGAUAGCUCAAACUUUGCGAGUCAUUGCUCAUUUCUUGCUAUGGCUGCUGAGGUGAACACCAACACCUUAGCUGCGGCAGAGAAACUGGGCUCUCUGAAGACAUUUACAUGGGUGGUCGAGCAGUCAGCGCCACCCUCCAUCAUCUUGGAAGACGAAGAGACUAUCCAGCAGGUUUUGAUCCCUGUACACGUCCCCAAUGUGAACGACGAGAGCAAGGACGUCACCAAGUUGCAGUAUUUGAGCAAAGAAGAUCUCUUAAAAAAAUUGAAGGCCAUUCUGCCGGACACAGAGGUCUUGGUGAAAGUUGAAAAACAACCUGGCGUACAGUCAGUGGUCUUGUAGUAGUAGAUAUCACCACAGCAAUGAAAUUGUGUGCUUCUACACUUUGUUGUUAAACUGUUGAUUACAAACUAUAAUAGGGCAGCUUUUUAAGCUGAAGUGGUUAUACUUGGAAGGCAUAUAUUUUGUUUUGGUUGGCAGCUUAAAUUGUAAAGACAAUGUAAAAGAUGUCUGGAUUCCUCAAAUAAAUUUCUUUGCUGUCAAGAUUUUUCUUUCAAAAUAAGAAUAGAUAUAUAAAGCAGGCUUUUAAUAGAUUGCACUAAAGUUGUCCUUUAUUUUUGUUACAUGUAGCUAUUGAAUAUGAGAUCAAAGUCUUGCAUUAUCUGUGUUCAGUUUUCUUUUUCUUACUAAGCAAAGUUGUAAAUAUUUUGUUGAAAUAUUUUUUCAUAACACUCAUAUUAUUUAUUUUCAUUGUAUAUUGCAUUUUCAGAACAUGUGAACAAAUCCCAGUAUGGUGUGUAAAUGUACACACAUCUAAUACUGCAUUUCUGCUAGAUUGGAACAAAUUUGCAUUGACGUUGAACACAUUCAGCAAAUUUCUUAUUAUAUGUACAUGUGUAUACAUUUUAACAGAAAGUGCCUUUUUUAUAAUAACGAAAAGAAAAGAUUUAAGUAUUGUUUAAUAUUUUUCAUGGUCCAUGCAGUUAGACUGCAUAUUCCGAUUUUGCAAAUCCAUGAAGCGCUUGUUUUGUUUUAUAAUAUGACAUUUAUUUCAGGUAAAUUUAAGUGGUGAAAUAAAUGUUAAACGCCUAUGAAAAGGUAUUGCGAAUAUUGAAACGCUGUUUAUCUCUGGUCAAAUGACUUCAAGCUGACUUAUCAGAGUGCUGCAAUAAAAUGAAGAAUGAUGUCCUAACGUGGAACUGUUCAUGCAAAAUGAACGCCAUUUUUUUCCAUUGAAAUUACAUGGGCAAUGUACAAAUAUAUGACGUUAAAUCCAUGUGAUUUUGUUAAGUUUGGUGUGUAUGUAUGUUGAAAAAGUAACCCAUCCCUAAAAAGCAAAUUGAUGCAGUGUAGAGACACAUUUAAGCCUGUCUGUUAAAGAAAAGCUAGUCAUUGUCAUACCCUUGGUGAUGUCAUUUUAGUGUGUGUUAUUAUUGGCAUCUUGCAAAGACUUGAACUGUCUUGGCAAUAUAUCUGAAACUGUUUUUCACUUGAAACAUGAACACAUGGUUGCAAUGACCAUGCAUAUGUGUACUGUAGCAGGUCAUAUCUCUAUGGCGUUUUGGACUACGCACAUGGGUUGUGUUGUAGGUGAACAUUCGGGGGUUGUGCACAUAUGCCGUUUAGUAGGUCCUAUCUCUGGGGCCAUGCACACAUGUUGUGUAGUAGGUCCUAUCUCUGGGGCCAUACACACAUGUUGUGUAGUAGGUCCUAUCUCUGGGGCCAUGCACAAAUGUUGUUUAGGGGGUCCUAUCUCUGGGGCCAUGCACACAUGUUGUUUAGGGGGUCCUAUCUCUGGGGCCAUGCACACAUGUUGUGUAGGUAGGUCCUAUCUCUGCGGCCAUGCACACAUGUUGUGUAGGGGGUCCUAUCUCUGCGGCCAUACACACAUGUUGUGUAGGAGGUCCUAUAUCUGGGGCCAUGCACACAUAUUGUGUAGAGGGUCCUAUCUCUGGGGCCAUGCACACAUGUUGUUUAGAGGGUCCUAUCUCUGGGGCCAUGCACACAUGUUGUUUAGGGUCCUAUCUCUGGGGCCAUGCACACAUGUUGUUUAGGGGGUCCUAUCUCUGGGGCCAUGCACACAUGUUGUGUAGGAGGUCCUAUCUCUGGGGCCAUGCACACAUGUUGUGUAGGAGGUCCUAUCUCUGGGGCCAUGCACACAUGUUGUGUAGGAGGUCCUAUCUCUGGGGCCAUGCACACAUGUUGUGUAGGAGGUCCUAUCUCUGCGGCCAUGCACACAUUGAGGACCCCUGGGGCCAUGCACACAUGUUGUGUAGGAGGUCCUAUCUCUGCGGCCAUCUCUUCAAUGAGUGCAUGACAAUUAAUCGUAAGAGCAAGAUUUUCAGAUAAAAAUUAUGUUACCAAUUUCAUUGAAUAGAUAAAUCAAAUAAUUAUUCAAAAAAACAUGUCCAAUAAAGCUCUUGAUUUUGAUUAAAAUCAUAUAUUUGCUCAUAAAUAUUUAUUUGAAAAAGCAAUCAUACAAUACUGCUUUAAUAAUGUGGCUCCUCUGUGCAUUUCGUUUUUUAGUAGUCUUAAAUUUAGAAAACAGACGAGCAGUGGCACCCUGUUGGGCAGCUCAUUUUUUACCGAUUUAGUUAAGAGAAGUUAGGAAGUGAUAAUACAUAUUGUUCAGGGUUUUGGAAAUAGUGGCAGUGGCUACUGCAGGAUGUGUAACCGUACUAUAUACGGUAACAAAACAAUACAAAGGUGAAUAUGUCAUAUCUUUGUUUUAUUAUAUUUAUACAUUUUAUGGAUUCAAUAGGACACUGUCAAAUAUCAAAACAUCUGUCUUGAUUCUUCAGUAUUUGCCUGAAUGUUCACUCAACGAACAUAUUCCGAUGACUGAUCAUGAAUACAUCCAUGUGACAUAUAUUUGAUUUUGCAUUCAGAUUGUGUAUUUCAAAUGUAAAUUAUGUAUUUUAAGUAAAGGUAUUUGUUACAGGCAAAAGUAUAUAAUAUGUUAUCUAAUCUCCUUUGUUGAAAUAUACAUUUAUUUACAUGUUUUCAUUAUUAUAUUAUUAUGGACAUUUUUACCUUGUUAGAGUUUUAGUGCUUGUUUGUAAAUAUUUUUGGUUACUGAAACCUAUAGCCACCUUUAUAAUUAUGUGAGUUGUUGCACAACUGAAGUUUAUCCACAUGAUAUUGCAUGGAGUUGACAUGUCAAAUCUAAAAUGUUUAUGUGUCAUAUCUAAAAUGUUUACGUGCUUGUCAUAUGAUAAGAAUAAUAUGAACAAAAUUAGUUAAAAAAUUUUAUUAGUACUUUAUUUCGAAACACAAAUUGCUGACAGAUUUGAGGUUUUACGUCGUGGUCAAGCCUUAAAAAUCCAUACAUCUGAAUUGAUAAAAUCCAUUCGAUAUCUGCUUUUGUGUGACAGAUAUGGUGUCCAUAUAAAACUGUGAUUUUCAAGUACAUGUAUUACAAUGUAUUGCCAUGCUAAUACCACACUUUUGUGUAUAUUUUCAUUAUUUGUUUAUGUCGCAGUAUGAACGCCAUCAGAAAUUCAAAUGUUCAGAUUGCAUACAGAUAUUCUGUUUCACUUUUAUCUCAAGGAUUUUUCUUUGGUGACCUUUUUGCUUUUUUCUUCAAAAUUGCAAAUAAAUAUUAUACUUC